GCAGGCAACUAUGGACCAACGCUUACAGCGUUAGCACGUGGUGGUUGGCGAAUAGCCAUAUUCCACCCGCCGGAGACCAGUUCAACGUUUCUCGACUACGCUGAUGAAGCAUUUGCUUUACCAAUACAUCGUGAACAAAUCGAAGAGGGUCAGCAAGUCGGGAAUUUGCCGUAUGUGUUGAAUUUCCCCUCUUUACCACCUCCACAGCAACGAGAAGAUUGCGUUACGGCUAUGGCUCAAGAUCUUCGACAGAAGUAA